GUCACUGGUCCGCCUAUCUGUCAAAACGGGCAUUUACGAGACCAGAUAAUUGAACAGAUUCUAGCUAAAAGUGUAUUGAUAAAAACGAGUCGUGCAUUAACUUAGUGCUAAAAUGUGUUCUAUUUACUUGAUUUACCUCUAGUAUUAUUGUAAUUCACAAUUGGACUCACGCCGUUGUGCAUACUUUUCCCUAAGGACAAAGGACAACAAACACUCCUCGUCAUAUCGAACACCUUUUUCAUAACAAACCGAUGGUAAUGAACAUGUAUUCCCAUCUUUCGGGAGGUCGGGCUAACGUACAGCUGCUGCAGGAAGCAGCCGUACGGGAGUUUGUAAAGAUUCUUGAUCGCUGCGAAGGCACAAAGGCAAUCAUUUGGGAUGAGUCAUUGGGUGGGCCGGUGGGGCUUGUGGCACGAUACACGUUCCUCAAGGAGCACCACGUUACCAAGAUGUAUCCGCUCCGGUCGGAAGCGUGGACGGACAUCGAUGUGAAGAACAUUAUCUUCAUAACACGCCCCCAUCAAACGCUGAUGGAUUACAUUGCCAACAACAUUCACGAGGAGGAGCGGAAACGAAAAGUUUCUCGCAAAGAGUAUUUUCUGUACUUUCUGCCGAAAAAAUCCUUCCUGUGUGAAAAGCGGCUUCAAAUCAAGGGCGUACACGGCAGUCUGUCCUACAUUGGCGAGUUUCGCUGCGAGUUUUUCCCAUUCGACAACGAUCUGCUUUCGAUGGAGCUGAAAGAUGCCUACAAAGAGAUCUACCUCGAGGGUGACACGAGCAGUCUGCACCAGUCGGCGUGUGCGCUUGUCGCGCUGCAGAAAUUGUAUGGCCGCAUUCCGAAGGUGUACGGCAUCGGCGGCUACGCGCAGCGCGUCUGGGAGAUGACGAAAGCGCUGACCGAGGAGGACGGGCAUGUGAUGAACAGCGAGAAGGGUGUCAUCGACCAGAUGAUCAUACUCGAUCGGUCGACCGACCUGAUGAGCGUGCUCGCCACGCAGCUCACCUACGAAGGGCUGAUCGAUGAGAUAUUCGGCAUCAACAAUACGACCGUCAAUCUGCCGGCGGAAAAAUUCAACACAGGCGAGGGUCUAUCUACGGACCGCAACACGGAGAAAAGCCAAUUCAUACUGAACUCGAAGGAGCAGCUGUACGCGGAGCUGCGGGACAAAAACUUCAAUGCGGUGGGGGCGGUUCUCUCCCGCAUGGCCAAAUCGAUACGAUCGCGGGCGAACGAGAACCAUGGCGAAAAAUCGAUCCAGGAGCUGAAAAAGUUCGUCGAAAGUUUGCCACACAUCAAAUCGAACGAGCAGUCGCUGGCCACACACACCACGAUUGCCGAGCUGGUGCAGGACGUGAUCUCGUCGCACGCCUUUCUGGAUGUGCUGGGCUGCGAGCAGGAGUUUCUGCUCUGCUCGGACGUGGACAAACCGAACAGCUUCAUCGAGGAUAUGAUCGCGAAGGAGGCACCGCUGCGCAGUGUUCUGCGCCUGAUCUGCAUGCAAUCGAUCGCUGGGACGGGGCUCAAGCCGAAGGUGCUGGACUACUACAAGCGCGAGCUGGUGCAGGUGUACGGUUUGAAAACGCUGCUCACGCUGGGUAAUCUCGAAAAGGCGGGACUGCUGCGUCAGCAGACCGGCUCGCGCACCUAUCACGUGCUGCGCAAAACGCUCAACCUGACCGCCGAAACGCCGGAAGAAGUUUCACCAAAGGAUAUCACGUACGUGCACAGCAUCUACGCACCGCUGUCCGUGCGCAUCAUCGAGCAGCACCUGAAACCGAACGGAUGGCAACUGCUGACCGAAAAGCUGUCCUCGCUGCCCGGCCCAACGUUUGAGGAUUUUCAGGCAUCGCCCAGCUUGAGCAGCCGGCGUGGUUCGUUCACCAGCGAGCUGUCCCAGUCCGACAUUCCGCGCGUGAUUGUGGUGUUUUUCGUCGGAGGGUGUACCUUUGCGGAAAUAUCAGCGCUUCGCUUUCUGGCGCAACAGGACGAUAACAACGUCGAGUUUCUCAUCUGCACGACGAAGUUGAUCAACAAGAACACGUUCCUUGAUUCGUUUAUAGAAAAUUGAGCUGGCUAAUAAAUGUAUGUUAUCUAAUUGCUA